GAGUUAUACACUCGAUCGUUCACUCGUCAUACCAGCUAUAUCUUUCAUCAGACGAGUGUCUGCGAGACUUAUAAAUACCUAAGCACUGUAACAAAGUUGUUCACUUUUACAAUAAGAAUAUUUUAUUUAUACGGUGACAAUCUUUCUUUCAAUUUUUUCUCACAUCUCCCAAGUGUUGUGUUAUUGUCUCUAAUUUGAGGUGUUUUUCUAGAGCCCUAGUUGAGUGUCAAGUGUUGGAUUAAUUAAACUUCCGUUGAAGUAAAGAUUUUCCUCUAGAAUAUGGCCACGGUUCAUUUCGUGUGGGUAUUAUUCACGCUCGUACUUGAAGCCGCAAAUGCAGACUUCAAAAUAAACGAUCAUGAUAUGUGGCUUCACCUUGGAAAUAGAAGUGCGUUCAACCUAUCUUUGACUCGGCCAUUAUCCAUGACUGUCAACGUAACGUUCGAUAUUCAACACAAGGACUUGUUAAGAACGGAGCCAACCACGUUUAAUGUGAUUGCUAAUGAGGAAGUUUUAUCAUGGAAUAUUGAUGUAUAUGCACUUAAUCCAGGAUAUUCCAUUAUUGGAGUAAAUGUUACUCCAGCCAAUGUCACUAACUUCGUAGAUGCAUUUGUGAGAGUCACGAUAAGAAGAUCAGAUGUUCUAUAUCACAUCAGCAAUGUAGUUGGUUGGAUUUAUUUCUUAGCAUGGAGCGUCAGUUUCUACCCCCAAAUCUACAGCAAUUACAAGAGAAAAAGUGUCGUUGGAUUGAAUUUCGAUUUUUUAUCGUUGAACUUGGUCGGAUUCGUCUUGUACUCCCUCUUCAAUUGCGGACUGUAUUGGGUUCCAGAAAUCUGGCUCGAGUAUUUACAACGCUAUCCCAGGGGUGUAAUUCCUGUACAAAUUAACGACGUGUUCUUCUCCCUCCAUGCUGUACUUGCAACUUUAAUUACCAUUAGCCAGUGUUUCAUCUACGAGAUUGGAGGACAACGCAUAUCGACAACAGCACGAAUAAUUCAUGCAAUCUUCUCAUUCCUCAUACUUGUAUCAAUUAUUCUCUCGUUCGUUCGUAUUAUGGCUUGGCUCGACUUCCUGUACAUCUGUGGUUACAUUAAAUUAGCGAUAACAUUGAUAAAAUAUGUGCCACAGGCGUAUUUUAAUUACCAAAGAAAAUCAACAGUUGGAUGGAGUAUUGGGAAUAUAUUCUUGGACUUCACCGGAGGCGUGCUGUCUAUGCUACAGAUGAUUUUAAAUGCAUACAAUUAUGACGAUUGGCACAGUAUUUUCGGAGAUCCAACGAAAUUCGGCCUUGGUUUCUUCUCAGUCGCAUUCGAUAUAUUUUUCCUCGUUCAACACUAUGUAUUAUACAGGAAUCAAGAGUACGUGGAUAUACCCGAAGGGUGUCAAGAGGAGCGUGAGAUCGAAGACCCAUCCAAGCGAAUAGAGGCUUGAUUAUGGUGAUUAUUAAGUGUUCAAAACGAUUCGAAGUAGCGCAAAAAAAUCCAUGGCCUCAAUAUGUUCAAUUAAAUAGAUUAGUUCGAUUACUGGAUCAUGGACAAAUUUGUAGUGAAGUGAAGCAAUGUACUGUUUAUACUCCUAUUUUUAUUGUGAAUGAAUGUGAUAAGCCGUUCAGUAUAUUUAGCAGGAUUUUUUGCGCGAGGGAAUGUCAGGAUAAAAUUUCAAGGGGCAUCAAAGCAAUGCGAAAUAUUUCCAUUGUCAAUAACUCUAGUGAGUGAAAUUCUAAAAAAUUCUGCUCGUUUUAGAAAUAUUUCACGUGUGAAACUCGUUAUAUUCCAUCUACUCAUUCAGGAGUUAGUGAUCAUUGACAAAUAUCCAUUCAGCCUUAUUCUCUCUCCACUACACUACUGAGUUUCGAAAAUUCUACAAUUGAAAAACGAAUGCUAGGGGAGGUUCUCUUACCUCCGUAUUUUCUUGGGAAAAUUGUAAAUCACUUACUGGAGGGUAUUAAAUAAGGCGAACUUUGGAGGGAAAAAAACUAUAAAAAUAUAUUUUUGAUUUCGAAAAAGUUGAAGGAUCCAGCUAAAAAUUUAACAUAAUGUUCAUGGCAUAUUUUUCAGUUACAAAGCAGUCGAAACUCGUAGCAUAUCUUUUUAAAAUAUAUCCCAAGACAAUCGGACCCAAAAGUCAGUCCCUAUGGAUUUCCGGAAAAAACUCUCAAUAAUGUUAGCUCCAGCGGAGAAUAAAGGGAUACACAGGUUAAUAAAUAAUUGGGGCGGUUCAUUAUUACAAUCCGGGCAAUACGAUGGCAGUUACAACGAAGGACUUCCAAAAGAAGAAUCGCAGGAACUUCCAAAAGAAUGUCGUUCUUCAGAACCUCCUUCAGAUCACAGAUAAUUGAAUUAGGAUUCGAAGGGGGACACGUAACAAUAAUUUAUUGCAUUCUCGUAUAUUAUUGACUUAAGCAACAAUAUCUCUUUGAAUUGAAUAAGAAAUUAUUUGUCAAUUAAUUUUUGUAAUCAAAAAUAAGAAAUGCUCAAAGAUAUUUCCAUUU